AUGGAAGUGAUGAUACAAAGUUCAAACAUGGAGACAUUCAAUUUUAGUAAUGGAACAAUGAGUUCACCAUAUCUAAGUCCUCCUUCAUCACCAAAACGUUUUGGUGAAUUUUACUUAAGUGCCCCUUCAAGUCCUUCUAGGCUUUCUGAAUUAUAUAGUGAAAUUGAUUAUUUGUCCAUAAUUGAUCAAACAUCAUCAACCAAUGUUAACAACAACGUUGUUGUUGAUGAUGAUGAUCAUGAUGAAGGUGGUGGUUUUGCUUUCUUUGUUAAUCAGGACGAGUCGAAGAACUCGUCGACUCGUUCAGCUGAAGAACUUUUUCAUGGUGGCAAAAUUAAACCUUUUGAAGAAACUAAGGUUGUUGUUGAACCUAGGAAGCAACAAAACAACGUAGGAGUUGUUGGUUUUGGUGAUGAAAGAAGAGGAAGAGAUAGAGAGAGAACAAAAGGAACAGAUUCAUCGUUGAAUAAUUCUGGUAGAAGAGUAACAAGAUCACACUCUCCUUAUAGAAAUUCAAACUAUGCAUUAGAGUUAGAAGAGCAGAAUUUCCAACAAAAACAACAACCUCGUAUGAUCAAAGAGGAGUCAAAAUCAUCGAGUUCCAAGGGUUCGAGGAGGUGGAAACUGAGUGAUCUAUUGUUGUUUCGAAGUGCUUCGGAAGGGAGAGGAUCAAACAAGGAUCCAUUGAAGAAACAUUUUGUUGGGUAUAAAAAGAAUAGUAAUAAUAAUAUUGAACAAGUUAAAGGUUCAAGUUUUAGAUCUAGUGAAUCAUUUUCAAGAAAAAAAGGACAAGUUUCAGCUCAUGAAAUGCAUUAUGCUAUGAAGAAAGCUGAGUCACAAGAUAUGAAGAAAAGAACUUUCUUGCCUUAUAGACAAGGGAUUUUGGGUAGGUUGUCUGGAUUUGGACUCUAG